AUGGCCAGCACAGAGGACCAAGGAAUGGAGAUACACACCAAUCCCAUAGAAAAGCUCAGGGCACAGUGCUUGGCAAGAGGCUCAGCUGGCAUUAAGGGGCUGGCCAGAGUUUUCCACAUCAUGGAUGAUGAUAAGAGCAGGUCCUUAGACCUAGCAGAGUUUGUGAAGGGCCUGAGCUCAGCCGGCAUCAUGCUGGGAAGCAGGGAGGCACAGCAAAUCUUCAGCCUCUGUGACAAGAACAGCAGCGGCACGAUGGAUUUUGAGGAGUUCCUGGAAGCCCUGAGGCCACCCAUGUCGGCUGCCAGGAAGCAGAUUAUAGCUGAUGCAUUUCACAAACUGGACAAGACUGGAGCCGGCGUGGUGAGCGUGGAGGAUCUCCAUGGGGUGUAUGAUGGCAGAACUCACCCCAAGUACCAGAGCGGGGAAUGGACAGAGGAGCAGGUGUUCCGAGCAUUCCUGGACAGCUUUGACUCACCCAGUGACAAGGAUGGAAAGGUCACAGCCGAGGAGUUCCUGAACUACUACAGUGGGGUCAGCGCAUCCAUUGACAGUGACGACUACUUCGUGGCUAUGAUGAAGAGAGCCUGGAAGCUGUAG